AAUUCAUUCAUUUGCCUUUGCACGUUCUCUCUCUGUGUUUUCUUCUUUAUUUUGUUUUAUAACUUCCCUUCCCCCAACCAAUAUUGCAGGCAGCAGAACCAAAGAUUCCACAUCAUGGCUCCCCCCUUUUCUUCCAUCCACCACCAUUUUUAUUAAUCAUUCCUCACCAUUCAUUCAUAUAGUCAUUAUAAAUACAACUCCUUUUUUCUUGCCUUGUCCUGCCUCUGCCUACCACAUUUCCUGCUCCUCCAACUCCUUCAAAUAAAGUUUUUCCACUUUCUCUGCCUUUUGGGUUUGCAAUGAAAGAACAAGAUUAUGCUGCUUUUGCUGCUGAGGAGAAUGAUUAUGAUCAGAUGAUGACUAAUAAUGGGGAAGUCGAAGAACUAGAAGAAGAAGAAGAGAGUGGAUGGACCAGUUAUUUCGAAGAUUUCUGCGCCGACAAGGAGGCAGAAAUAAGCUUGUGCAGCUCGUCUUCCAUGGUUUCUGAUGCUUCUUCACUACCUAACCGUCCUCCUCCUCCUGCUGCUGCAUGGAAUAACAAUUCCUCCCUUCCUUACAGUGGUAAUUACAGUACAUUAGUGCUGCCAAAGAAGCUUAGUUUCAAGAAGAGAAGAGGAGGAAGAGACAAUAUUCCCGGCCACUGUAAUUUUAAUUACCACGAUGAUUCCCUUGAAGACACCGCUAGUUCUCCUGUUAACAGCCCCAAGGUUUCUGAUUUGAGGAAGAUGGAGAUGAUGAAUUCCAGGAGAACGACUUGUAACGAUGGUUAUAAUCCUUUCGGCACCACUUCUCUGGGUAAUAUUAAGGGACGGAGGAGCAGCUGCUUGGAGCAAGAACAGAUGGUUACAGAUGAUGAUGGAAUGAUGGAUUUCGACAGUAACAGUAAAAACGAUGAGUGCACAGAGUUAAAGAAGAAAGGGCUUUGUUUGGUUCCACUAUCCAUGCUACUUAAUUAUAUUGGCUAAUUAGUAAUUAGUAGUUGCAAAUGUGUGUAUAUAAGUACAGAGAAAAGACCCUUAAUUAUUGUGGCUGUACGACGAAGCAGCAGUUAUGCAGGGAAUUUAUGAGGUUCUUGUUUCUGUUCAUGCAUCUGUUUCUGAGUUUUCUUUUUCUUUGUCAGUCUUAGUCACAUCAUCUUUCUCUCUCACACUCACUGCCUGUAUAUAUAUAUAUGAGAACAUGCGGUUACUAUUUUUAACACCGAAAAGUAAAAAAAAGAGGGG